AUGGCUCGCGUUUUCUUCAUCUCUUUACUCGUCCUAGCGCUGUCAUGCGCCGCGUGUGUGUCUGCGGCGAAAGUGGUUCGCGACGGAACUCUGCAGUGGACUCUCAUCACCCAGGCCCUACAGAAGGGAGGCCAGCACAGCACCUAUCUCUCCAUCGUCAAGAAAGCAGGCACCAAGUUUAUCACGGACUACCUCUCCACCUCCACCACUGGCUUCACCUGCCUCGUACCAUCAAACGCUGCGUUCAAAAUUCAGCCGGCUACCGUCCUGAAGCCGUGGGCGAAGAGCGCGGCGACUCUCCAGGACCUUCUGAAGAACCACAUGCUCAACUUCCAGGCCCUGCCCCAGCGCUUCGUGAAGGACAAGGUCGGCCAGGGAUACAGCACGUUCCGCACCAACGGCCAGAUUCAGAAGUACAAGGGCGUCGGCAAGACUAUCAGCUUGGGCCCGCAGUUCGCGCAGCAGGGCACGCAGCUGGCGAACAUCACCAAGAAGCUGUUCCAGGAUCCCACGGCCAUCUGCUACGAGAUCAGCAAUGUCCUCGUUCCCCUCAAGUAG